AUCAGAUCCUGCUUCACUCCUCCCUGCAGUGGGAACGAGCUGACUUGCCCGGCAAGCGGAGCGAGACUGCAGCCGCAACAACAUUGCGUUUUUGCAUUCGCCUCCAGUCUCGGAGCGCUUGAAAGCAAAGCAAAUAUUUAAACACUGGGAAAUAUAUAUAUAUAUAAAUAUUAAUAUGGGGAAAACUAUGCCGGAUGGCGAGAAGUUGUCCCAGGCUGCCGUGCGGGGAGACUGGCAAAACGUGAAGCGUCUGCUGACCGAAGAAAAGGUGAAUGCCAAUGCGGUGAAUAAAUUCGGACAAACCGCACUGCAGGUGAUGAUGCUGGGCAGUACAUUGGUCGCAGAGGAAUUGUUGAAGAAUGGGGCAGAGCCAAAUGUCCAGGAUAAAUGGGGCUUUACUCCAGCACAUGAUGUGGCCCGGAGUGGUUUCUUGGAUACAAUGAAGGUCCUGACAAAAUACAAGGCAAACGUGAACAUCAAGAAUGCUGCAUGCUGCCUGCCGAUACACUUGGCUGCCCAAGAGGGCUACUUGGACCUUGUCCAGUACCUGGCUCCAAGAUCAAGCAUUCUGCAGACAAACAUCAAUGGACAAACCCCAUUGGAUCUAGCAAGGGCCUCCAAUAGAACUGAAGUAGUUGCCUGGUUAGAGCAGCAGUUGCAAACUAUGCAGACCCAAACUUAACACUGAUUGAGGGCCUGUUAAGAAAUGCUGACAUUGCUUAUACUUUACCUCUCUCACUGUAUGGUCUUAACUAUGCUGUGAUCCCUUCCUUUCCACCAUAUUGGACUCCUACUUUGCACUGCUAAUUGUGGACCCAUUGUAUAUGUUCCUUGUUUAUUGUUUUUAAUUUGAAUCACCCCUUUAAGGUUUUGAGCCAUUGUGGCAACUCCUCCAAAAACACGUGCUGGCCAUCUUGCAAAAAGGUUGGCAAAAAAUACCUUUAAAAAUAUGCCACUCAUUGACUGUUUACAUCUCCCGAUCGUUCAACAUUUUGAAAAGAGGUGCAUGGAAUCAGACAGUGUCAACUGAGUCAGGUGUUUUGCACACUUUGCCUCAAGAGCCCCAAGCAUUGUACAGUGUGCUGUGCAGGAAAGCUCCAAGGCACACACAUCAAUGCAGUUCCAGAAAUUUACUAUUCCAUUUUGUGAGAAAGUUGAAGGGAUUGCCCUCUUGACAGAAGAACUACAGAUAGGACGCUCGGGAGCCGUCAAUUGAAUGCGAAGGUGUGCACUGAUCGUCUCCAAGGUUGAAAGGACCCUGAUCUUCAGCCUAGGACUCAUCAUAAAAAAAAACAGCAUCUCCAAAUGGGAGAAAUCUUGUGGACUAAGGAGUUAAAAACCUGGGCCUUUUUAUUUUAAGUGCUGUGUGUUUACAAUAGUUUUAAAGUACUGUUUUAAAAAAAGCAAAGCAAAAUGAGUUGUAUGUACACAUUAAAGUGGCUUUGUUAUUUUCUCCCUUUACUUUUACAUGGAAACAGACAGCAGCUAAUGUAGCAGUGAAUUUGAAUCAUUGGUGCUUUAAUAAUUCUGUAUAUAUGUAAGGGAAUGCAUUAUCAAGCUUAUUUAUAUUUGAAAAUUAAUUAUCCUUUAUCCUGAAAGCAUGGCUUUAAAUGAUCAUUUUGAAAAAAAAUGGGAACACAAUUUUUUAAAAUGUGAAAUAGUUAAGUUCUCGAUUUGAAUGUUGUUCAAUUAUAAGACCACUGGUUUGCAGUUUUUGUGGGAUAAGCAAACAAAACCGUGGACCACAAUGUACAGAACAUGGAUUCCUGAAUCCCAGUGAAUAAAAUUGAAUUUUAACACAAAGGCAGCAUAAAGAAGCAACCCUGCUUGUGUUAAACAGGUGCUGAUUGUAAUGCCCUACCCAACAAUACACUGCCAUAAUGACAUUGUCAUAGUAAAUGCUGUAUUGAGUGAGCAACAGUCCUGUGAACAUGAGGGGCCUUUUGUUCCUUGGCAGCUGUGAGAUGGUUAUAGACUAUCCUGUGCAUUGGAGGAUUGAACAAGAUUUUUUAACGUUGAGUCAGUACAUUGUGUUAGUGUCACUUAGGUGUGGUUGUUGAAUGCAAAUAAAUGGAUAAAAUAGUUCA